GUUCAGGUGGUAGUUCAAGUUGGUUGUGCUUGUGGUUAUAUUUUGAUUUGAUUGUGUAAGUUCAGUUUUAGGUUAAGUGAAGGACAUUAAGGUUAAGAAGAGUUAUUUGUAAAUAAAUAUGUUAUAGUAAAAAUAACACUAAAUGAAAUUAUACGUUUAGUAAUUAUGUGAAGCGAAAGUGUAGAGUAGUGCCUCAUGAAAUGCAUUUUUACAGCAAAACUCUUGCAAAGAUUUUGAAUUAUUGGCCAGGACGUAAGUUUGGUGUAUAUAGGUUUUUGCCCAUAUUUUUCUUUAUGGGAGCUGGUCUUGAAUUUACUAUGAUUAAUUGGGAUGUCAAUGGUCAAGUCAACUUUUAUCGAACAUAUAAACGCAGAAGAGCUCAUGAAUUAGCUGAAGAAGCUUUAAGAAACUCAUCUCAAAUAGCCUAG